AUGGCGAGAACGUCUUUCAACGCUGGUCCGUCCGGGCUGGAGCUAGACCACGAUCUGAAAAAGGAGACAGUAAGAGAUAUGGGUCCCGUCGAGGAUUGUUCCAGCUCUGAAGGCAGUUCCUACGCCGAGGACAAAACGUUCAUACAUGUGGACGGUGAAGACACAUAUGUGCCCAUUGACAAGUAUGAAGGUCGCCAUCGCUGGGACCCUGAGUUUGAAUGGGAUCCUGCCGAGGAGAAGAAGCUUGUACGCAAGAUAGACUUGAGGAUCUGUACAUGGGUCUGCCUUACUUUUUUUGCGCUUCAGCUCGACAGAGCAAACAUUGUCCAGGCCUUGAGCGACAACUUGUUGGAAGAUCUCAACUUGAACACAAACGACUACAACUAUGGUCAGACUAUAUUUUAUGUGUGCUUCUUAUCAGCAGAACUGCCAUCGCAAUUAAUAUCAAAAAAGCUGGGCCCCGACCGCUGGAUACCAAUUCAGAUGAUUAGCUGGAGCAUUGUGGCCAGUUGCCAGGCGUUUCUCAGUGGGAAAUCGUCAUUCUAUGCCUGUCGCGCGUUGCUGGGCUUGAAUGAAGGUGGUUUCAUCCCUGAUACAAUCCUGUACCUCAGUUAUUGGUACAAGGGAAGGGAGCUUCCUGCUCGACUAGCAUGGUUCUGGACAUCUUAUCAAGCAACAAGCAUUGUUGGUGCAUUUUUGGCUGCUGCCAUUCUCACUAUGCGCGGAGUCAAUGGUCUUGCCGGAUGGCGAUGGCUGUUUGCUUUGGAAGGGACAUUGACUGGUCUUAUCGGUAUCGCUACAUACUUCUAUAUGCCCCCUUCACCCUGCCAAACGGCUUCUAGGUUUCGAGGAAAAGAUGGUUGGUUCUCCGUGCGAGAAGAGAAGAUCAUGGUCAAUCGUAUCCUUCGUGACGACCCUUCGAAAGGAGACAUGCACAAUCGGCAAGCCGUCACGCCGAAGCUGCUGUACUAUGCCAUGUGCGACUGGGAAAUGUGGCCAAUCUACUUGAUUGGCCUCUCAUUCCUCAUUGUCAAUUACCCGGCGACGCAGUACCUAUCGCUCAUUCUCAAGCAAUCCUUUGGUCGAUUCGAAGUCAACAUGCUCACGAUUCCAUCGUACGUCCUCUUCAUCAUCAAUCUGCUCUUCUGGACUUGGGUUUCAGAGAAGACAAACCAAAGAUUCUUGACCGGUCUCGUCAGUCAAAUUUGGGCUAUGCCACUGCUUAUUGCUUCGGAGUUGCUCCCUGCUGGAGCCUCACGGUGGGUCAAGUAUACCUUGGUAACUCUCCUGGUGGGUACACCAUAUGUCCACGCUAUCCAUGUGGCGAUCACCAGCCGCAAUGCCGGGUCUGUACGAACAAGAACUGUUGCUUCGGCCUUGUACAACAUGUUUGUACAGGCAAGCAACAUCAUUGGGUCGAAUAUCUAUCGCAAUAAUGACAAGCCAAUGUACCGCACUGGGAACAAGAUUCUUAUCGCCAUUUGUGCGUACAACAUGCUGCUUUUUCUGGGAGCCAAAGGCUUUUACGUUUGGAGGAACAAGGUCCGAGAUCUCAGGUGGAACUCAAUGACGAGUGCACAGCAAAGAGAAUAUCUGGCGACGACUACCGACAAAGGCAACAAGAUGUUGACCUUCCGCUUCGCGCAUUGA